UGUUGCGUCCUGUUUGCAGCAGACACGGAAUUGGGAGGGGCGUUAGGACCCGGAAUACAUUUGUCAUCCACGUCUACCAAAGCUGCUUGCAACGGCUACAGCGUUAUACAAGGAAGGAAGCAUCAUGCUGAGGAAACGGCUUGUGUGAGGUUCAGCACAGUCAGCACUAUGACUGAUGGGGACUAUGAUUAUCUCAUCAAGCUCCUAGCUCUGGGAGACUCAGGAGUUGGAAAGACCACCUUCCUAUAUAGAUACACUGACAAUAAAUUCAACCCCAGGUUCAUUACCACAGUGGGAAUCGACUUCAGGGAAAAGAGAGUGGUGUACAGUACUUCAGGACCAAAUGGCACGACUGGGAAAACCUUUAAAGUUCACCUUCAGCUCUGGGACACAGCGGGACAAGAAAGAUUCAGGAGCCUCACCACAGCCUUUUUCAGAGAUGCCAUGGGGUUUUUAUUAAUGUUUGAUCUCACCAGCCAGCAGAGCUUCUUGAAUGUCAGGAACUGGAUGAGCCAGCUCCAGGCCAAUGCAUAUUGUGAAAACCCAGAUAUAGUAUUAGUUGGUAACAAAUCUGACUUAUCUGAUCAGAGAGAGGUGCAGGAGAAGCAAGCAAAAGAGCUCGCUGAAAAAUAUGGAAUACCCUACUUUGAAACCAGUGCAGCUACAGGUUCUGAGGUUGACAAGGCAGUCAUCACGCUGCUCGAUCUGGUGAUGAAGCGCAUGGAGCAGUGUGUGGAGAAGACCCAGCAGGAGUCACCCAAUGGAGGGGGCUCUGGGAAGCUAGAGCCCCUGCCUGCUGCUGAGAGAAAGUGUGCCUGUUAGACUGCAUCGCUCCUCUGUAAAGAGAAGCCUAUCUGUGGACAGAAAAUUAAAAAACAAAACAAAAUGUCUAGGUAAACAACCACAGCUAGCCAUACAGAUUGGCAGCUGCCCUAGACCAUAUAGGAUUACAAUUGGCCUCUCAUGAUUCCUUGACAGAUAUCUUGGGUAUCAUUUGUGAAUAUUUAUGAUAUUAUACUGUUAUAGAAAUGUAUCUUACCCCUUCUCCCAUCCCUCCUGGAAUAAGAUUAUUUUUUGAAAAACACGACUCAGUAGACACUGAAGCGAGAUCCUUCACUAAAAAAAACCUUAUAUUAGAAGUUUAUUUUUGCCAUUAAUAGUUCAAAUAUUUGUCUGGUCUCUUCGGAGGACUGGCCCUUCUGCAACCCCUGUAUUGUCUGCCGUGACUUUCAUGAGAUGUGCAUGACAUUGCCUUUAUUAGACAUUCCAGGUUGUGAGCAAGAUGGCGUGGCAGUGACCGAUGCUGAAUUACUGCCCGCAAGGUUUACAAUAUUUCCUUCAUUGGGUUAUUCGUUAUAUUGUGUUUCCUUUUAUAGAAAAGUUAGAUGUGCAUCCUUCUUGUUUCCAGAAAACUGGAAAAAGCAAGUAAAUAACAGUUACAUGCACAGGUGAUAAUAUUGCUGUGUUUUAUCAGUUUCGUAAUGACCAGGCUUCAGCAAUCCAAACGUACUUUGACUGGGAGACCACAUUACAGAUUGUAGCUGAACCUUCAGUGCCAAUUAGGUAACGGGCAAACAUGGUUAGCAACUGAGAUACUUCAUCAAGUCUCCAAUCAAAUAUCUGGUUUUAAAUUUAAACUACAUAAAUAUGUCUCUUUCUUUGGCAGGAAAGUUUAUUUUUCUAUAUGUCUGGCAACUGACAGGGAAAAGGGUGUACUCUAAGCCUGCUGUUAGCCAUUAUUUACAAUAUGGAGUGGAAUGAGCCUUAGUUUGUGCUAUUCACUGAUUAGAACCAUUUAAAAAAACAAAAGCAUUCAAAUUAUAUAUUCAUGUAAGGAGAUUGCCUGGAAUAAUUGCUGUUACUAUGUGCCAAAAACUCUUUUUUUUUCAUUUGGCCAAUACAUCAUUAUCUGCCUUCACACACAACCUUUCCAUUUGCAAAAUACUUAUAUACAAUAUAUAUAUCACCUGGCAUUGGUGAUAUUCCACAUAUCAGAAAUAAGUUACAGCUGACUUGAUGUAUGGUUGUGUUACUACACUUUGAAUGUUUCUAAUAACAUUUUGUUACUUUUGUUUAUUUUUUUCAUUUCUGGAGAUAUAGGAAAGUUAUUAAUAAAUUUAUAUUUCUUGAUCUGUUUUUCAAAUAAUAAAUGUAAAAGGACAAAAAAUCUAUUGCAUUAUCAAACGUCCUAGAUAUGUUAUAUCUGUUCUGUGUUUUUAUGCAUAUUACUGUUUUAAGACUCAAUGAAGCCAACAUGACAUUUUUGUGAAUGUGGAGAGUAUAAAAUUGAGUUAAUGAAAUCAAAAUGUAAAACCUGGAUAUAUGAUUGAAAAAUAAACUUUAGAUGGAUUUAAAAGAGCAGAUAUUAUGCAUUGGAUGUACUUGAUUUUGCACUAGGAACAAGAUUAUCUUCAGUUUUAUCUAAUAAACCUUUUGCAGAAAAUGGCAUAAUACAUUAAACAUUUGUUGAAAUUACAGUACUGGCAUUAUUUAAAACUUUCACUGGUCCCUUGUAAUUCUGUGAACUGAAAUAACCUUCCUCUUAGUGCAAAAUUCAAUGCAUCUGAUUUCAUCAGCAUGGUAAGUGGUGCUUCAUGCAAAGUGCUUCUAACGUCUUUUAAAAAAUCACUUUCUUCAUUUAACCAGUGAAAAAUAUCAAUUUAAAUUGUAUUGUCAUCAGUAUCAUCCAAACUGCUUUGAUUAUUUUGAUGGAUUUUGAGGACAACCAGAUAUAAACACAUUCUCUGGAUUGGAUUUCCAUCAUUCUUUGAAAGUAGAAAUAUACAGUACGUGAUGUGUUCCUGGGCAAACAAUUCAGGUCGAUCAGUCUUUGCAAGAAUCAUCAUUUUGGGAUGGCGAUUGAGAAUACGGACCUACCAAUAUGUGCAACUAUGGUAUAUAAAGUAUAUAGAAACUUCAGAAGUUCUUUGUGUUGACAUCAGACACUCCAGCUAGAGUAGCCUUCUGAGAAGAUUGUGUUAAUACAUUUAUGCAGUUCUCACUUUCCAGUUCUUUUCAGUUUUAUGGAGGUGUCUUCUUCAGUGUCGUGGCCUCUUUAUUUUCAUUUUUUUUUUUUAAAUUUAAGAACCAUUUAAGUUUUCGAAUUCAACAUCAAGAGUCUGGUAUUUUAGGGCAGCAUGGCAGGGCAGUGGUGAGCAUGGCUGCCUCACAACGCUGAUCAGAAACAUGCUGGUAGGUUUAUUGGAUUCUGGGAAAGCUUGCCCUGGAGUAAGGGAGUGUGUGCCUGUGUCUGUGACUGGCAACUCAUCCAGGAUUUAUCUCGCCUUGCAAUAGUUGCUUGCUGGGUUAGGCUCUGGCUCCCUGAUUCGGAAGGAGCAGUUAGAAAAUGGAUGGAUGGAUGUUUGGUAUUUUGUACAUCUAUAAUGGGACUGUAACCAAGGACUGUUCAAAACUCAGUUAAAGGGGAAUUAGGGACCUGGGUGUACAAAAUGUUUUCUGCACUAAAAAAAGCGAUUUUGUUUCUGUAGCAUAAUAUCCUUUAAUUUCUAUUUUCAUUUCUAGUCUGUAUCUUUCACCUUGACAUGUUAACACAUUUCUGUACGCAGCUCUGUGUCAGAUUGUUACCAAAUAGCACAAUGUGCUCAUUAGUUUGAAGUUGGAGGGAUGCUCAAGCUGUAUUCAUCACAUUUCCAGGUACCGAUGGAUAUCUGACUCUUCAGUUUCCAUUCAGGGACUAAAUUAAAGGGUACUUGGACAGCUCCUUCAACAGUGUUUAGUGUUCAGGGGAUUCCCUGUGUGGGACGGUUUCCACUUGUACUGUUUUACAUGUGAAGAGGCUGUGUGUCUGCACAUUUGGGAACACUAUUCUAGAGCAGUACUUCCCAACCCUGGUCCUGGAGGAACAUUCCUUGCUAGUGUAAUAACCUACUUAAAGGAUAUUUUUUUCCCAAUAACGUCACCAUGCUGAUUACUUCUGCUCUCCUCAGUUUUCUUCCCAUUAUUACUAACUAAACAGCUCCUACGAGCUGAUAAAUCUUUAACUUACAGGUGGAAAUGACAGAUAGCCACAGCACUUUUUUUUUCUUCAAUUCAGUUUUUCCUUCUACUUUUAACCUUUAGUUUGCCUUUCAAGAAACGCAUCAGUUCUGAAACCCAGAAAUUCGUGCACGGUUAAUACCAGUUAUUAACCUUAUCUGACCUUUUAAGAACUAAAAGGAAAUUUGAGGAUAUUUCCCAAACAAAACUGAAAUCAAUAAGUCAGUGAUUGAGAACUCUGCUGGUGCACAAACCAGGACAAGUUUCUGCAGGACCAGGGCUGGAAACAACUGCUCUAUACAAUUGGAUUGGAGUCACAGGGAGGGAAAGGAAUCAAUUAUUCAUUUAUUUGUAAGAAUGAUGUAAAACAUGGGAAAUCCACCACCUUAUUCUUAUCGAAACCCUCAUUUGCUACAGUAGUUUCAGAAGCAUGCACAGAAGGAAUAUCCCAACUCAUUUGCAGCUAUGUGACCUGUAUGACCUAGCUGGAUUGGGUAGUCCAAUUUUGUAAUGUGAGGUUAAGUAUAAUUUUUUUUUCUUUCAUUUGGAAAUGUCAUGGUUAAAGGUCAUUAUUAAUUAGUGCAGAUGUAAUUUACUCCAUCAGUGACAUUGACAGACAAUUAAAGCAGGUGCAGUAAAAAAAAAAA